UUUAGCAACUGAAAAACCUGUGUGUCUUCCCGAGUUUGUCAAAACUUGUGUUUAUCUCAAAACAAUCUCAAUUUUUUUUUUAAAAGUAUGUCUUUUGCAGUGGAAUCCAAGAUAGAUGAGGAUGAGGAUUAUGAUUAUUACAAGCAGAUGAAGAUGAAGCAGAGGACAGAAGAAGGAGGAGAAUUAAUACAAAUUGAUGGUGAUAAUUUCCAGAUAUCUCUUCCAAUUGAAUUGAUUUUAGAGUUUCUCUCAAGACUUCCUAUCAAAUCUCUGAUGAGAUUGAGCUGCACCAGUAAGUAUUUACACAACACCAUUGAUGAAAAUCCAGAUUUCGCCAGAUCUCACUUAAUAAAUUAUUGCCAAAAAUAUCCUUUUCUGGUACUAUAUGUUAAUUGUGUUACGAAGGAGAAUCCACCAAAGCUUUACAGAAACUUAUUUUAUGCUAAGGAUGUUCAUUACGAUCGUAAUGAUAAUGAAGACGUUAAUGUUCGUUUAACAAUUCCAUACAGAGGUAAAGGGGAUUAUUUCGGAUAUUGCAAUGGUCUAACUUGUUUUACAAAGCAGUAUAACAAAACCGCUUUUCUAAUUGAUGUUUGGAACUUCACAACAAAUGAAUUAUUACGCAUCAUCCCUCCAGUUAUCGUCGGGAAAGAAGAUCCUAAUCCAACUAGAGGGUUCGGGUACACCCUGGUGUCUCGUGGAUUUGGGUUCGAUUCCAUUAACAAUGAGUAUAAAUUGGUACUCAUUUCAAUCGUUCUCAAAACUGGGUGUCGCCAGGGUUUUGUGUACACAUCUGGAAUCAAAUCCUCUUGGGAAGAAAUGAAUCUCCCGGAACAGAAAGCCACGUCAGUUCAAGGCUUAUUCACUCCCUAUGGAGGUGGAGGAGCUUUGUUUUGGAAGACUUCGGAUCCUCGGACAAUUCUCCAGUUCGACCUUCACCAAGACAAGUUUCAAUACAUCCGAAUCCCACUUGAAAGAAAUGAAUACCCCACUAGUAAGGACCACAUUCGGUUGUUCGAGUUUAAAGGAUUUUUAGGUGUUGCCAUUCUACUUUGGGGAAGUAACACAACAACUACUUUGGAGAAGGUUCACUUGAAAAUAUACAAAGACAACCAAGUAUGGGUCAAGGAGACGAUUGAUAUUUCGCUGUGCUCAGUUCCUUAUAGGGCAAAUUUUCGCUUUAUGAGCUUCUCCGACCAGGUUUUACUGCACUGGAUGGAUCCCCAUUGUUUUCAUUUCUUCAAUGUGCACAGUAAAUGUCUUAAGGUGGUUUGGAAACUGGCUUUACGCAUCUCGGAGAAGAGAUUACCCCAACGUGCGAGAGCCGAAGACUAUUGGCUAAAUUGUGAGGUCCAAAACAUCUCUUCUUUGAGAACCUUGUUGCCGGAAAGGGCUCAAAAAUCAGAUUUUGCAUCUGUAUGCCCGAUGAUGGUGAAAGGCAUUGAGGAUAUAUUACUUGUGCACGAGCCAAAAACGAUUGGAGUAUUGGCCUCAUUUCGCCCAUCAAAAAUCAACCAACAGUAUUUCUUUAACGAGAAUUAGGUUUUUCGUCUUAUGGUUUGUGCUUAUUAAAAUUUGAUUAUCAAUGACAAAGCUUUAUUUAUCUACCAGACAUAUUGAAUUUCUGUACAUAGAAAUAUUAGAAGGUGGUCAGAAAAUCUUAAUCACAGGAAGUGUAUUUCAUUGAUUCACCAUUCUUCUAACAUUUGGAUUUAUCAUUCAACUUUAUAUUUAGGCGCCACAUAUCUUUGAUUUUAAGGCUCUGUUGGUUCUGUUAGCGUUCUGUACUUCAUCAUCGAUUUGAUAGAUUGGUAGACCUGCAAUAUUGUUUGCUGCAGUACCUCGUUUCUGUUCUUCAGGUGUCCAACACACUCUACAGGUAAAUCAGUUUGAAAAAUUCAGGUUACCGCAGAGAACUUUUGUUCCCACUUUACUUAAAUUUUGGUAACUUUGGUUACCACUUUACUUAAAUUUGGAAUAAGUAAAGUGGUCCGGUAAAUCAAACAUUCAUCUAAUAAUGGUAACCUAAAUUUAUAGACUUAAUCACUCUCUGUCAAUGUAGAAAUCAUCUAUACUUAUUCUAAAUUUAAGUCUGCUUCUUGAUUUCUUAUUUGAUUCUAUAAACCAAAGUGUAGUGGUUGUUAACCAGGGAUACUGGAAAGGAAAUUCUGUGGUUUCUAGCAAGCACUUAUCAUGGUUUGUUAAUGCAUCGGUAUAACAACGAAGGAUUAUAUGGUGGUUAAUGUUCAAUAUUAAUUCAUUCCCGCGGCUUUCUGCUGGCAGGAUGGAAAGCUGUACUCGUGUUUGCUUAAUUGUUUCUUCCUUUUCUGCCUAUUGCAGUUAUGUUGUUGAUGCUGUUGAUCACAGAUAAUGUAGCCAUCUCAAUAAGUGAACGUCAUGACCUGUUGAGCAAACCUUCACUGUUAUCACUGAGUAGUAUCCAUUUGUUGGUUCCAGGCAAAAAGACUGACAUAGUGGAAGCUGUAUCCUAACAGUCUAUAACUGAUUAAAUGUAUGUGAUGAAGACAUUGUUUCUCCCUGUUAAUAAUUGGGACUGAAGUCAUUGGCUUGUAAAGCAUUCAGAGUCGAAAAACUAAAGAACCUAAAGAUCCUUUUCGAGUGUAAUUCUAGUCAUUUUCCCCUUCUAUGCCGAGGUUUCUAGAUUGCCUUUGGGUGGUGAUCGAUCUGAGAGUUGCUUUUAGUAAUCAGAUGUUGUCUGGAAGGAAUGAAUUCCCCACCAGAAUAAUUCUCCAGUUCGACCUUCAUCAAGACAAGUGUCAAUACAUCCGAAUCCCACUUGCAAGUAAUGAAUUCCCCACCAGCAAGGACCAUAUUGGGCUGUUCGAGUUAGCAGGAUUUUAGGUGUUGUGAUUCUUCUUUGGAAAAGUAAUACAACUACUACUACUUUGGAGAAGGUUCACUUGAAAUUUUACAAAGACAACCAAGUUUGGCUCAAGAAGACAAUUGAUAUUUUGACAUGCUCAAUUCCUUACACUGCCAAUUUUCGCUUUAUCAGCUUCUCCGAUCAGAUUUACUGCACUGGAUGGAUCCCAAUUGUAUUCAGUUCUUCAAUCUGCAGAGUAAAUGUCUCAAAGUGGUUCAGAAACUUGCUUCAGGCAUCUGGGAGAACAGAUUGCUCCAACUUGCUAAAGACGAAGACUAUCGGCUGAAUCGUGAGGUCCAAAACAUCUCUUCUCCGAGGACCUUGUUGCCGGAACGAGCUCAAAAAUCUGAUUUGGAAUCUGUGCGUUCGAUGAUGAUGAAAUGCGUUGAGGAUGUGUUUCUUGUGCAAGAAUCGAAAACACUCGGAUUAUUGGCGUCAUUUUUUCCAGCAAAAAACAACCAACAGUACUUUGUGUUAGUGCUUUGUGUUAUUUGAUGAUAAUUAGUGUUUUCGUUUAGUGCUUUGUGUUAUUUGAUUUUGAUUAUCAAUGACUUUGUUUUAUGACCA